UGCCAAAAAUGGAGAACCCCCAUCAGUAGGGUUUAGUAAAAGCAAAUAACGCAUAGUGAGGGUUUAACUUCUAAACCCGGACCUAUUCAUCUCAAUCUCCAAGCUCAGUAGCUCUAACAAUGGCGAGAUCAGCUAGAUCCUCAGCUUCUCGCCUUCUCUACACCUUAUUCACUUCAUCUCCCACACACCAAUCUCUCUCCUCUUCAUCUCCCGUCCAACUUCACCGCCAUUUCCGAUUAUUUUCCGCCGGCAGCGCUGCGCGCGUCAAAGAAGACAAAGCUGCGCUGUUGCAGGAUUCAUUAUCAAAGGUCCGAAACAUUGGAAUUUCCGCGCAUAUUGAUUCUGGAAAGACCACGUUGACGGAGCGAGUUCUUUUUUACACUGGACGAAUCCAUGAGAUUCACGAGGUUAGAGGAAGAGAUGGAGUUGGUGCCAAGAUGGAUUCUAUGGAUUUGGAGAGAGAAAAGGGGAUCACUAUCCAAUCUGCUGCUACUUACUGCACUUGGAAGGAUUUUCAGGUCAAUAUCAUCGACACUCCAGGUCACGUUGAUUUUACCAUUGAAGUAGAGCGUGCCUUGCGUGUCCUUGAUGGUGCCGUUCUCGUCCUUUGUAGUGUUGGUGGUGUUCAAAGCCAAUCGAUAACUGUUGAUCGGCAAAUGAGGAGAUAUGAAGUUCCUAGAGUUGCAUUCAUCAAUAAAUUGGACCGAAUGGGAGCUGAUCCGUGGAAGGUUCUGAAUCAGGCUAGGUUAAAGCUUAGGCAUCACAGUGCUGCGGUACAAGUGCCUAUUGGUCUGGAAGAAGAUUUUCAGGGUCUUGUGGAUCUGGUGCAAUUGAAAGCUUAUUAUUUUCAUGGAUCAAAUGGUGAAAAAGUUGUCGCUGCUGAAGUACCUACAGAUAUGGAAGCUUUAGUGGCAGAAAAGCGGCAUGAGCUUAUAGAGGCAGUCUCUGAGGUUGAUGAUAAACUGGCUGAGCUGUUUUUGGCUGAUGAACCCAUAUCGUCGUCUGACCUUGAGGAAGCAAUACGUAGGGCUACUGUAGCACGGAAAUUCGUUCCUUUCUUCAUGGGAAGUGCUUUCAAGAACAAGGGUGUUCAGCCACUUCUUGAUGGAGUUCUCAGUUACCUGCCAUGUCCAACCGAAGUCAGCAACUAUGCUUUGGAUCAAAACAAUAAUGAAGAGAAGGUAUUGUUAUCUGGGGCACCAAGUGGACCUCUUGUAGCGCUAGCAUUUAAACUAGAAGAAGGAAGAUUUGGUCAAUUGACAUUUUUAAGAAUAUAUGAGGGCAUUAUCAAGAAAGGAGACUUCAUACACAAUAUCAACACUGGCAAGAGACUCAAGGUUCCUCGCCUUGUUCGGAUGCAUUCUAGUGAGAUGGAGGACAUUCAAGAGGCACAUGCUGGACAAAUAGUUGCUGUAUUCGGAGUUGAUUGUGCUACAGGAGACACUUUUACUGAUGGAACAGUCAAAUAUACCAUGACUUCUAUGAAUGUUCCUGAGCCAGUGAUGUCAUUGGCUGUUUCACCAGUGUCUAAGGAUUCUGGAGGGCAGUUUUCAAAAGCAUUGAACCGUUUCCAGAAGGAGGACCCGACCUUCCGUGUUGGAUUAGAUCCAGAGAGUGGUCAGACAAUUAUUUCUGGAAUGGGAGAACUACAUUUAGCCAUUUAUGUUGAGCGCAUCCGAAGAGAAUAUAAGGUUGAAACACAAACAGGAAAGCCUCGUGUUAAUUUCAGAGAAGCUAUUACUCAACGUGCGGAAUUCGAUUAUUUGCAUAAGAAGCAAAGUGGAGGUCAGGGGCAAUACGGAAGAGUAACAGGCUUUGUUGAACCACUCCCCCUGGGAUCAGCAACCAAGUUUGAGUUUGAAAACUUGAUAGUAGGACAAGCUAUUCCUUCAAACUUCAUACCAGCAAUUGAGAAAGGAUUUAAAGAAGCUGCAAACUCGGGUUCCCUUAUUGGACAUCCGGUGGAGUAUGUUCGUGUUUGUUUAACAGAUGGGGCAUCCCACGCUGUGGAUUCUAGUGAACUUGCAUUCAAGUUGGCUUCUAUAUAUGCCUUCAGACAGUGCUAUACGAAAGCAAAGCCUGUGGUAUUAGAACCAAUAAUGUUGGUGGAGGUGAAGGUACCAUCAGAAUUCCAGGGUUCCGUGACUGGUGAUAUCAACAAGAGGAAAGGUGUGAUUAUUGGUAACGAUCAGGAUGGUGAUGAUUCUGUUAUUAUUGCACAUAUCCCUCUGAACAAGAUGUUUGGAUAUUCCACAGACCUGCGCUCAAUGACGCAGGGAAAAGGUGAAUUCACUAUGGAAUACAAAGAGCAUUCUCCAGUUCCUCAAGAUGUGCAGAUGGAAUUGAUGAAUGACUACAAGGCUACAAAGGCAGCUGAACAAUGAUGGAUCUGCUUACAAAAAGGAAAACUUUACAUUAUACACACUUUUCUUUUUGAAUCUUCAACUUCUUCAGUGAACAAUCAUUCAAUUAGCUUGUAGGUGAAAUCCAUGUCUUAUGUUAAAACAGAGCAUUUUGGCAGCCGGAAUAAUAUGCCGAAUGAUAUACCCUAGGUUCCUCUGAUACUGGAGGGAUCUAAAUCAUUCCUUUUUGGGAAGAUGAGUUCCUUUGUAUAGUUUUUAUUAAUUAUUGUAGCAGCUUAUAGUCGAAGCUGUAUUUGCAGUUUGAAAAUCUGAAAACCUAUGUUCACUAUAUUCCACUUA